GCGGGUGGCUACGGGGUGGUGUUUUGGCGGUCCGGCUGCGGGAAAGGAGCGGAGCUGCUGGGAAGCUGCUGCCGGGAAGCCGCGACUGCAUUGCCGGCGCCGCCUCGCCGCGGUGGCCGUGAUGCGCUCCGCUCGCGGGUCCCCGCUCCCGGGAACCCCGACCGCCGAGUCGGACGCUGCCGAGCAGGCCUAAUAGGAAUGCAUGAUGUCAACCCUUACGUAUACAGUCUAGAAAGAAGAAACAAAAUGAAAGUUAUCUAGGACUGUCAAUGAGAAACUAACUGACUGAAAAGACUUUAGCUCAGGACCCAGCGGACCUCACUCUGCUAAAGAAUGUUCAGCUGAGGGGGGGCCCCACGAGCUGAAAGAAUUCGAGUUAAUGCAUCUCUCUGACUGGAAUUCCUGUGCCAUGAAGAGUUUUGAAGACGGGCUUUCUUGAUAUAUCCAGAAGAGGAUUGGAUGCCGGAAACUGGAGAUAUCAGUCAAAGGCCUAUGUCUCUGAUAGCAUGAAAUUAACUUCGAAGUGUGUUGCUCAAAAUAAACCGAGCUAAGAGCUCCGCUGCAAGGAUCACAGACCAGAUUACGUGUGCUCGGGCUUAGGCAGGCACUUGAUAAAGAACACAGCGUCUCCUUGGCUUGUGCUGUCUUUGUGACUUUUGUCGCUUCCUGGAACAGGAGGGCUCUGGCACCAGGAGGCCUCCUGUAAUGGUGUGUGAGGACUGACUCCCAGGGCCUCGCCUGACCUCUGACCUGCCAGCAUGGGGAGGAUCGGCAUCUCCUGUCUUCUUCCGGCUUCCUGGCAUUUCAGCAUCUCUCCAGUGGGGUGUCCCCGAAUUCUGAACACCAACUUACGCCAGAUUCUCGUCAUUAGCGUUCUGGCUGCUGCUGUCUCACUUUUAUACUUUUCCGUUGUCAUAAUCCGAAAUAAGUAUGGGCGGCUCUCCAGAGAUAAGAAGUUUCAAAGGUACUUGGCGCGAGUUACUGACAUUGAAGCUACGGACACCAAUAACCCCAAUGUGAACUAUGGCAUCGUGGUGGACUGUGGGAGCAGCGGGUCUCGGAUAUUCGUUUAUUGCUGGCCAAGGCAUAACGGCAAUCCUCAUGAUCUGUUGGAUAUCAGGCAAAUGCGGGAUAAAAACCGAAAGCCUGUGGUUAUGAAAAUAAAACCCGGCAUUUCAGAGUUCGCUACCUCUCCAGAGAAAGUCAGUGAUUACAUUUCUCCGCUCUUGAACUUCGCUGCAGAGCAUGUACCACGGGCAAAACACAAAGAGACCCCUCUCUACAUUCUCUGCACAGCUGGAAUGAGAAUCCUCCCUGAAAGUCAACAGAAAGCCAUUCUAGAAGACCUUCUGACCGACAUCCCCGUGCACUUCGACUUUCUGUUUUCUGACUCUCAUGCAGAAGUAAUUUCAGGGAAACAAGAAGGUGUGUAUGCUUGGAUUGGCAUUAAUUUUGUCCUUGGACGAUUCGAGCAUAUUGAAGAUGAUGAUGAGGCAGUUGUGGAAGUUAACAUCCCUGGUAGCGAAAGCAGCAAAGCCAUUCUCCGUAAAAGAACAGCCGGUAUUCUCGACAUGGGAGGCGUCUCAACCCAGAUAGCAUACGAAGUCCCCAAAACUGUAAGCUUUGCCUCCUCACAGCAGGAAGAAGUAGCUAAGAACUUAUUGGCCGAAUUUAACUUGGGAUGUGACGUUCACCAAACUGAGCACGUGUACCGCGUCUACGUGGCCACGUUUCUUGGGUUUGGUGGCAAUGCUGCUCGACAGAGAUAUGAGGACAGAAUAUUUACCAGCACAGUUCAAAAGAACAGGCUCCUGGGGAAACAGACUGGGCUGACUCCUGAUACUCCGUACCUGGACCCCUGCCUACCCCUGGACAUUAAAGAUGAAAUCCAGCAGAAUGGACAGACACUGUACCUGCGGGGGACGGGAGCCUUUGACCUGUGCCGAGAGACCAUCCAGCCUUUCAUGAACAAAACAAACGAGACGCAGACCUCCCUCAAUGGGGUCUACCAGCCCCCGAUUCACUUCCAGAACAGUGAAUUCUACGGCUUUUCCGAAUUCUACUACUGCACUGAGGAUGUGCUACGGAUGGGGGGAGACUACAGCGCUGCCGCGUUUACGAGAGCUGCGAAGGAUUAUUGCGCAACGAAGUGGUCAAUCUUGCGGGAACGCUUUGACCGAGGACUGUAUGCCUCUCACGCCGACCUCCACAGGCUCAAGUAUCAGUGCUUCAAAUCCGCCUGGAUGUUUGAGGUGUUCCACAGGGGCUUCUCAUUUCCCGUCAACUACAAAAAUUUGAAGACAGCUUUGCAAGUGUACGACAAGGAGGUUCAGUGGACCCUUGGAGCAAUCCUCUACAGGACCCGCUUUUUACCCUUAAGAGAUAUCCAGCAGGAGACCUUCCGGGCCAGCCACGCGCACUGGCGGGGCUUCUCCUUUGUGUACAAUCACUACCUGUUCUCGGGCUGCUUCCUGGUGGUCCUGCUCGCCAUCCUCCUCUACCUGCUGCGGCUGCGGCGCAUUCACAGGCGGGCCCCGCGCAGUGGCUCGGCCGCCACCGUCUGGCUGGAGGACGGCCUUCCGUCCCAGAAGAUCGCCAGCACCUUAUGAACCAGAGUUCGAGCCCCAGAAAGACUCUAACGGAAAAGCCAUUUUCGCCUCAGGGUUUCUCCUCUUCAUUCUCAUUUGUUUUGUUUUUCCUUUCCCUUUUCGUUCCUUGAAACAAAACCAAAACCCACUGUUCGUAAACUCUGCUGUCCUAGAAGCAUUGCAUUUAGCCGUUCUGUGUCCAGCUUUAAGUUGCGGAAUAGGGAAAAGGGAACAUCACUUCAUUUUUGCUGCACAGGAUAUCUGCCAAAAAUUACUAAGAUUUUUGGUUGUUCUCUAA